CUGAGCCAAAGGCAUAUGUUUAACUCACCGAGCUACCCAGGUGCCCCUCAGACAUUUUUCUCUAGAAGUUUCUGAGUGUUUAGUCAGGCUUGGUGAUGAGUUGGGAAAGAAGUACAUUCUUCUGUCCCCUGAUGAGUGCAUUCAGCUCAGUAAGAAGAUCUACUUCUUAUGCCUUAUGCCUGCUACUCUAAUGAUACUUAUUUUUUCAGUUUUAGUUCUUUCACCAAUUGUAGUUAAAAGUUCUGUUGGGGGAGAGUAGCUUGUACAUGAGGUUUCAUUGACUUUUUUUCCCAUAAGUAUUGGAGAUGGUGGUAGGCAGAGUCAUGGCCCCCUGACGGUUUCAGAUCCUAAGCCCCAGAAUCUGUGUAUCCUUUAUGUUAUACGGCAAGAGGGAAUUAAGGUUGCUAAUCAGCUGAUGUUACCAUAUGGAGAUUAGCCUGGAUUGUCUGGUUGGACCCAGUGGAAAAGAGAAGCACAAGAGUCAGAACCAGAGAGUCAGAACUAACAGAGCUUUGAGUUUAAAAAACUCAAAGGACCAUUGCUGGCUUUGAAGAUGGAAGGGGGCCACGAGCCAAGGAAUGGAUGCAGUUUCUAGUAGCUGGAAAAGGCGAAACUAGAUUCUCCCGAGGGCCUCCAGAAAGGAAUGCAGCCCUGCUGACACUUGGAUUCUAGCCUAGCGCAAACCAUUUUGUACUUCUGACCUCCAGAAGUGUAAGAAAAUAAAUGCGUGUUGUUUAAGCCACUGAAUUUGUAGUAACCUGUUAAAGCACCAAAGGGAAACUAAUAGAGGUAUCAGAACACUUGGCAAAUUCCAUUCUGUUCCUUUGCCAGCCCCGGGAAAGUUGCUUAAUCUCAUGACUUACUGUUAGGGGCACAUCAGGUGUGGUGAGUGUUUACCUUUGGGGGGCUGUCCUAUUUUCCUGUUACCCUGUUUUACAAAGUGGCAAAAUUAGCCACUUUAGGAGCAGAGGGAGUUGACUCGAUAAUUCUAUACAUUUUUACACCUGGUCAGUGUUUAAAAGGCCAGUUCCAAGAUUUUAGCAAAAAACAGUCUAUGGAGCAAGUAGUGGCCCUUGGGCCUUUCCUGUCAGAGUUGCUGGACAGAAAUGCAGCUGCACCCCACAGAGUAGUUGUCACCACCCAGCAUUUGUCUGGGGGUAAGAGGAUAGCCCAGAUGUGGUGGAGAUAAUCACUUGUUGAGUUUUAACUACAGAUUUGCUUUAAUUUUUUAAAAUUAGCUCUUUGCUUAUCUAACAAUGUUAAUAUGCAUUCUCGGAGAGCAAGGAUACAUCUAGGCAAAGACUUCCCAAACUGUAACGCAUAAAUAAAAGAGAAUAUCAUUCAUCACAUCGUCUAUAGCAAGUAUCCAGAGGGUUGUAGGCCCCCCAGUAGGUGAUAUCUUGGAAUCAAAGUAUCAGUUAUUGGUAUUUAAAGAUAAUAGUUUUAAUGGAUGGGGUUAGUGUUUGUUGUUGUUGUUGUUUUAAGGCUUCCUCCAGUAACUAAUCUCCUAAUCUUACAUUGUGAUUUGGAGACAACUUUGAUUAAUUAAGGGUCUCUCCUUUGUUACAGUGUAGAAAUAGCAGUGUAAGGAAUAAAAUCUUGGGAAUUUUCCCAUAUAAAAAUGAAACAAAGGCUAAUGUAAGAUUUUUUAAAAUAAUUUUAAAGAAAUAUAAGUGGAAAAUUAACAGGAUGGCAUAAGUAUAUAUAUAUAUAGCAGUUUCUGGGAGGAGGAGACUGCCUUGCAUAGAAAUGCAUUAAAAAUUGGAAACUCCUAAAAACCACAGAGGUAGGACAUACUCAUAUUUGCAUUUACUUUAAAUAUACCCUUUUAGAUUUGUAGUCACUUUGUUAGUUUAGGGGGGAAAUUAUAGACAUAUAAAAAGUAGGAUUGAUUUCCUCUUACAAACAUGAAGGUCUGGAAAAAAACUCAAAACGAUGUGGAGGAAAGAAAGUUUUUGUCUGUGUUCUACAAUGUGUUCUACAAUGCUCUGGGCAGAGAUUUUUCUAGGCUCUCCCUAGCAUAGGAAUUUCUUGAGCCUCGGCUCUGUGCAUGCAGUACUCCUAUAUGACCCUUGACUCAUUCGCUUGCAUUUUAUCCCCAUCAAGUAAUUCUUGGUGAAUGGUUUGCUUUUCCCUGCCAGUGUCUCCAUAGAAGAAUGAGGAUGUCUAGGUUAUGUAAGAGGCCUAGGAAUGUUCGCUCCUACCAGCAGGUAUCUCUCCGAUCCCCUAGCCAUUACUGAUAAGUUAAUAGACUGAUGUUUUCUGUUGCAUCUUUCAUUAGCAUGAAUCAGCUCCCUAGUGUCUCUCUCCUGGGUGAACUGAUGAAAGAGUUUCUGGGCAAAGCCCAGACCUGGGACCAGUGUGCUGCCCUGCCCUCUCACUCCUACCCCAGAAGAUAACCAUCCACUAAGAACCCAGGGUUGUCCAACAGAAUUAUAUAUGAACCACACAUGAUGGUCACAUACAUAAUUUGAGUUUUCCGACAGCCACAUUUUUUGUUACAAAAAGUUAAAAAAGGUGAACUUAAUUUUAAGAACAUAUUUUAACUCCAUAUAUCAAAAUGUUCUAUUUCAUAUUAUCAGUUAUGAUCGAUCUAAAAGUUCUUGGCGUGUUUAUACAUUUUUUUCCUUAAUCUGCACUCAUAGCACAUCUCUCCAUGGGCCACAUCCCGAGGGCUUAGUAACCACAUGUGGCUAGCAGCUACCCUACCAGGCAGUGCCCCUCUGACCAGCUUUACCAUUAAGCAGGGAUACCCUCCUUGAAUCUGGAGAGAAUUCUUGAAUAGUUGCCAUCCAGUGAUUCUGGGGUGUUGUGUAAAAAUUGAGUGAUGUCGCUCUUUCCGCCAUCUUUCCUUGCCGCCAUAGCGGUGUGCAGGAAUGUCAUGGCAGAUGCUGUGAGGAGCAGUAACAAUGCUGGAAAGAGAGGCAGACUCCAGCUUCUUAGUAGGCUGGGCUCCAAAGUCAUCGCCCGGUUUCUCCCCGUGAUGACGAGGCCUGGUUGCAUUGGCGAAUUUGAAAUCAUUGAUGAUCACAGAGCAGGGAAAAUUUCUGUGAACCUCACAGGCAGGUUAAACAAGUGUGGAGUGAUCAGCCCGAGAUCUGAUGUACAACUGAAAGAUCUAGAAAAAUGGCAGGCUAACCUGCUCCCAUCCUGCCAUUUUGGUUUCAUUGUCCUGACAACCUCCGCAGGCAUCAUGGAUCCUGAAGGAGCAAGACGAAAACACAGAGGAGGGAAAAUCCUGGGAUUCCUUUUCUAGGGUUAUAAUACAUAUGUGCAAAUAAAAUGCCUCAGUGG